AUGUUUUUCAAUCCCCUGGUUGUUAUUCUCAAAGAAAACAAAUUGGUUGGACCUAAUUAUACUGACUGGAAAAGAAACUUGGAUAUUGUGCUUGCUGCAGAGGAGUACAAGUAUGUGCUUGUAGAGCAUCAGUCUAUGCCUUCUAUGUUUGAUAUAAUGUGGAACCUCAAAAAAAUGUUUGGGAAUCAAAAUUGUGCUACUAGGCAAACUGCUAUGAAAGAAUGUACGAAUACUACUAUGGCAGAAGGGACCCUCGUAAAGGAUCAUGUUUUGAAGAUGAUUGGUUUUCUCAAUGAGCUAGAGAUCCUUGGAGCUGAAAUUAAUAGGGAAAUUCAAGUUGAUAUCGUUCUCUAG